AUGGUGUUAUUCGAUAAUGUGUAUGUUGGACAACGUGUCGAGGUUCUGUGGAAUAACGGAAUAUACAGAGGCACGGUGCAGUUCAGAGGUACCAUAGCCACAAGAAAGGGGGAGUGGGUAGGUGUGGCCCUCGAGUUACCAGUUGGAGACUCAAAUGGAAUGCUGUUUGCACGAAGAUAUUUUCAGUGCCCUCCAAACCAUGGGGUCUUUGUUAGAUCUGAUAGGUUAAGGUUUAUACCAAGCAUGCGAUGCCUGUUUGAUAGAUACCACAGUGUCUCCAGGGCUUCUGAUGUUGAAGAAUUUUUAUUUGAUACACCUUACUACAGUUCAGAAUCCGUAUGGGAAAAACCAAAACACUACCAUCUGCGGCAUUCUGUCAGUAACCACAUUCCUGCUGCGACAAUGUUGAGGCCAGGAACUGCACAAGUUUUGCUCAGGUCCCUAUCAAGACCCAUCCACGCUGACUACUGGAAGGAUGAUGAUUUUGAGAGGAAACCAACCAUCCCCAAGAUACACAUGCCUCAUUCAGCUCUGAAGGAACAAGUUCGAAGAGGAUGGCAAGGGGCUCACUAUGUGCGGGAGAUGACAGUUCCCACGGGGAGAGACAAGAUCAAGUUCUCUCAGUGGAAUGAUAUUUCACCAUAA